AUGAUGGGCGCCGCCACCGCUGUUGUCGUCGUCGUCGUUCUCUCGGUGCUCCGGCCGGCGGCUGCCGUGUCGACGGAGGAGAGGAGCAACGACAUGAUCGACUGGCUUCCCAACGGGCCGGAUAGCAUGGAAUUCCGUCAAUACUCCGGCUACCUCACCCUCGGCCUCGCCGACGAGGCCCAGUUCUUCUACUACUUCGUGGAAGCCGUCGCCGAGGAUCCCACCACCAAGCCCAUUAUUUUCUAUCUGGGCUGCCAUGGUGAUAGAUACUUCAUCUUCUUCUUAUUCUUCUUCUAGGGUUUCUUCUUCUUCCUCAAAGGGUCUUGUUCUUGCUUGAGCGUGGCUUUUUACGUGUCUGUGUGUACAGUAAAACUAUGCUCGCCGUUGACGGCCGCUUUCCAGCAGUUGGGCCCUUUCACGGUUGACACAGACGGUCAGAGUCUCCUCGAGAACCCCAACUCCUGGAACAAGGGUGAACUUCUUCCCCCCUCCUCCUCUUCAUCCUCCCUGAUUUGCAUGACCCUGAAGGCCGGUGACCGGCAUGUCCCAACCGUUGUAGCGGCGAACCUCCUCUUCCUGGAUGUUCCGGCCUCCGUGGGCUUCUCGUUCUCCACCAACAACACGUAUGUCGCCGAUAUUACCGAUUACUCCAUAGCGGAGCAGGCCCAACAGCUGCUCAGCCUCUGGCUGGAGCGCUUUCCGGAGUACCGGGACAACGACAUCUACAUCGCCGGCCAGGGCGACAUUGGCACCAUCGGGCCGCUGCUCGCCGUCGGCCUGCUUCAUCAGAACAAAAUCCGCGGAAGCCCCGCCAUCAACCUCAAGGGCCUCAUCGUAAGUUUUUCAUGGAGGAAAGGAUCAUGAAACUAAAAGCUACAGAGGGCCGCAUUAUUAACUCCGUGCCUCUCGCUCCUCCCUGUUGACCCAGAUGGGGGAUCCUAACAUGGACUUUAUGAUCAACAAGAUCAGCAAAGUGGAGUUCUACUUGCAGAUGGGCCUCAUGUCCUUCUCCACGUACCAGACGUACAUGGAUAGGUGUGCCAACGUGACGCAGCCCACCGGAAACGGUACUGUCCGCGGCGGGGCCGGCUUCGUCGCACCCGAAUGCAUUCAGAUCUGGGCUCCCGUCGACGACAACACUGUUUUCCUCGAACGCUUCAAUCUCUAUACGCCGCCCUGCCCGGACAUUGACAUCGCCAACAUCAUGGGACCGUACAGCUUCACGGUCCGCCGCCGCCCUCCUCCUCCUCCAGCUCGGUCCUCUCCUCCGGCGCGUUGACCUCUCCUCUCCUUGCUCGCAGGAGUUCGUGUACAUCUGCCGCGACCAGUACGUGGCGGGCUACUUUAGCAUCCCCUUCGUGCAGAAGGCCAUCCACGUGAAGUCGCCACCGGAGAUGACGGAUCCCCCGGUCUGGAUGCCCUCGAAAGGGUUAGUUGAGAUGAGAACCAGCAGCCUUGCUCACCUGACGAUGACUCUGGGGGGAUCGAUCAUUCUCGUCCUUUUUGUUGUUGUUGUUGUUUUUUCUCUUUUUUCCUAUGGCAGGGGAAGCGCUUGGACUCGCAAUUUACAGUCUGCAGUGAACCCCCUCAGGGAGGUGCUCGACGGAGGGGUUAAGGUUCUCAUCUACAGGUCAUCUUCCUCUUCCUCUUUCUUCAUGGCCGUUAACGUUACCGUCAUCGUCAACUUCCUCUUCCUCUUUCUUCUUCUUCUUCUUCUUCUUCUUCUUCUUCUUCUUCUCCUUCUUUUCUUCCUCUUCUUCUUCCUCUUCUUCUUCUUCUUUUCUUCCUCUACAUCGUCCUCUUCUUCUUCUUCUUUUCUUCCUCUGCUUCGUCCUCUUCGUCUUCUUCUUUCUCCAUCAUCAUCAUCAUCAUCUCCUCCUCCUGCUCCUCCUCCCGUUCUUCUUCUCCUUCUUCUUAUUUUGAAUGGUUUCGUCGCGCUGUGUAACGGACGGUGCAGCGGCGUCCUGGACUACAACUUGCCGAUCAUCGGCCCACAAGAGGUACUGUCUAAGGUUAACUUAACGAUGGAUACAGCGUGGCGGCCGUGGUUUGGUAAAUCCCCCGUGGAGGUGAGUCAAUGAAGGAUAUAUUUCCCCUUCUGUAAACCCAAAGAAGAGGAAGGGCACCAUGUACAAGGAGAGAGAGAGAGAGAUAUCCAUUCUUGGGCUGAGCUGUGGUCUCUCUCUCAGUUUGCUGGGUACACCGUUUCGUACAAGGACGGGCUAACUUACGCGACGCUGAAGAAUUCCGGCAGGAAGGCAGCGCAGGAUCAGUCCGAGGACGUGUACGCCAUGCUCAGUUCUUUCAUCAAUAACCAACCACUGCCCAACUCCAGCUAUUUCCCUCACCCUUGA